CCGACCACUGUGACGUCAUCAGACGGCAGUCCGUCGUUAUCAAGUUUCCCAGUUCGCUGUUCCAACUUAACUUCUCUCCAAAGUUAGACGACUGUACUGUUGAGCUCGGCAUUUGGAUCUCUGACAUGGAGGAUAUGUUGUCAUUCUGGGAUGUGGCUAUAUAUUUCUCUGGAGAGGAGUGGGAAUACCUGGGUCCUGCUCAGUGGAAUUUAUACAGGGACGUGACAUUGGAGAAUUACAACAACCUUGUGUUUCUGGGUCUUGCUUCCUCUAAGCCAUACCUGGUCACAUUUCUGGAGCAAAUAGAGGAGCCUUUAGUUGUGAAGAAAGGAGAGGUUACCACUAUGUAUUCAGGGAAAAAAUGUUAUACCUGCAAAGACUGUGGGAAAGUUUUUGAGGAGAAAAAAGUAUUUCAAAGUCACUACAGACUUCAUGUAAGAGUGAAAACCUUCAAGUGUGAAGAAUGUGGCAAGUCCUUCCGUUUUCCGUCAUUACUUUCUAGACACUACAGAGUUCAUACAGGAGAAAAACCCUACAAGUGUGAAAUAUGUGGCAAUGGCUUUCCUUAUCCUUCAAGGCUUUCCACCCAUAUGAAAACUCAUACAGGAGAGAAACCAUACCAGUGUGAAGUAUGUGGGAAGGCCUUCCAUGAUCCAUCAAUACUUUCUAUGCACAAGAAAAUUCAUACAGGAGAGAAACCCUACAAAUGUGAAGAGUGUGGCAAGACUUUCAGAGCUUCAGCAUUACUUUCUAAGCACAAGAGAAUUCAUACAGGAGAGAAACCCUACAAAUGUGAAGAGUGUGGCAAGACUUUCAGAGAUUCAUCAUUACUUUCGGCGCACAAGAGAAUUCAUACAGGAGAGAAACCCUACAAGUGUGAAGUAUGUGGCAAGGACUUCUAUUAUCGAUCAAAACUUAAUAAACACAAGAAAAUUCAUACAGAAAAAAAUCCCUAUAAGUGUGAGGUAUGUGGCAAGGCCUUUGAUAAUCGAUCAAGGCUUUCCAACCAUAUGAAAAUUCAUACAGAAGAGAAACCAUACAAGUGUGAAGUAUGUGGCAAGGCCUUCCAUUAUCUAUCCAUACUUUCUAAACACAAGAUAGUUCAUACAGAAGAGAAUCCCUACAAGUGUGAAGUAUGUGGCAAGGCCUUUGAUUAUCCAUCAAGGCUUUCCAACCAUAAGAAAAUUCAUACAGGAGAGAAACCAUACAAAUGUGAAGUAUGUGGAAAUGCCUUCUGUUAUUCAUCAUCACUUCGUAAACACAAGAUAAUUCACACAGGAGUGAAACCCUACAAGUGUAAAGUAUGUGGCAAGGGCUUUGAUUAUCGAUCGAGACUUUACAAACACAAGAAAAUUCACAGAGGAUCAAAACCUUAAAAUUAUGAUGUAUCAGUCAGUUCUUUAGAACUUUCCAGCUUCUUUCUCCUCAUUUGAUAACUCAUUCUGGAGAGAAAUCAUACAAAUGUGAAGAAUGUGGAAAAGCCUCCUCUACAAAGUCAUACCUAUAUCUACACAAAUUAACUCACAAUAUAGAGAAUAAUUACAAAUGAAAAAUUUAUGUCAAAAUGCUCAACAAUAAAUUAGGGAUCAUCAAAGAAUUCAUUUGGAAAGAAACCAUACAAAUGUAAAAAAAAUGUAGCAAAUAGUUUAGAAGUUCCAUAGCAUGAUCUGAACACAGAACUCUUCAUAUUGGAGAUACACUCCACAUGUAAAGAAUGGGGCAAACACUAUUAUUAUCAGUCUUCUUGCCUUAAAGAACAUCAAAGAAUUCAUCUGAGAGAAACCACAUAAGUGUGAAGAAUGUGAUUCUUUUGGACUUACUCAAAAUUUGGGAAAAACCUCAUAAUUCAUACUAGGCUGAAAUGCCACAAGUGUAAAAAAUGUUGCAAACCCUUUAAUAAGCCUUCUUACAUUUUUCAAAUCAAGGUAGUUCAAACUGGAGUGAAAUAAUAUAAAUGUUAAAAUGUCCAUAAAACCUUAACACUUUUCCAGACCCUAAAAGUUACCAAAAGCUUCAUGGUGAAUGGAAGCCCUAUAAGUUUGGGGAAUGUGGUAAAGUUUGGAAUCAUUCAUACAAUCAUGUCAAGAGUGGAGUUGUUUGUUAGUCUGUGUGUUUGUUCUUCUGGGUUUGGGACAGAUUCUUGCUUUCUUUUGUUUCUUCUGUUUUAGAAUUGAAACACUUGUUCUAUACCAGUUUGUAGAAAAAUAGUCACUUGUUUUUAUGUUGUAGGAGCACACAGUUAAGAGAUUGCCUUGAGUCUCACAUGACACUUGGAGUAUGGUCUUUUAUAGUAUUGUAAUUAUUAAGUACUUUGUAGACCUUUCAAGUUGUAGCCUAUUUUACUUAUGAAGUGAAGGUAAGGUUGGGGAAAGGGAAGGAAAUAUUAUUAUUUAAAUUUUUUUGGAGGGUCUGGAGAGAUGGCUCAGCAGUUAAGAGCACUGAGUGCUCUUCCAGAGGUCCUGAGUUCAAUUCCCAGCAACCACAUGGUGACUCACAACCAUCUGUAAUGAGACCUGAUGCCCUCUUCUGGUGUGUCUGAAGUUACAGUGUACUCAUAUACAUAAAUAAAUAAAUAUAUCUUAAAAAAAUAAUAAAGCUUUUUGGACAGAGCUAGCAUGUUGGCUUUGGGAACAAACUUAAUUGUCAACAAGAUCCACACCCAUGUUAGUAUUCCCAGUACCAACAAAAUAGAAAGAGGUAAUUAUCUCUGAAGGUUGUCCUCUGAUCUCAAUGCAUGGACCCUCACACAAACAUAAGUAUAUGUGCCCAGAAAAAGUAAACUUACAUUACGUUCUUAAAUUGACUUUGUGUUUUACAUAGACAAGGAUCAAGAAAUAACUCUUGUUUCUCAAUUGUUAGUACCAUGAGUUCUAUAAUGAUUUGAGAGGCAAGCCUCUGGUUGAUUUGUAGUAUUUACAUGAUUAGUUUAAUUGAUUUCAGAAGAUCUGUUGAUUUUGAUUGGAAGCAUCUGAUUGACUGAAAUGCUGUCUUAUAAGAAAAUACCCCGAGAAUAGCUAUUCAUCUAUCUCCUGCUUCGUGACUUUGGAUGGGACAGGACCAGCUACUUUAAAUUUAUGUUGUUUUAACUUUCUCACCACAUGCUGUGUUUGGAAUAAGAAUUGCCCUAAGGACUCUGGAAAAGGAUUAAGAAGUGUGGCAUCAGUGGAGUAAGUGGUCACUGAGGGUAGUAUUUGAGAUUUCAAAAGCUCCGACCCAGUAUCUCUCUCUUCAUACAGACUAUAAAUCAGUAUGUGCUAUUCUCAGCUACUUCUCAAGCACCACGUGUGCCCACAUUCCACCAUCUUCCCUAGCUUGCUUCCCACAAUAAUAAUGAACAAAUCUCUGGAACUGUGAACAAGCUAAUUAAAUGCUUUUUUUUUAUAGGAGUUUUCCUGCUUUGGUGUCUCUUCACAGCAAUAGAACACUGAGUAAGGAUCCAUGGUAGAUGGUGACUUUGAACUGUGAUCCAAAUUAAACCCUUAAAGUUA